UUCGUUCUCCUGCCACGGGCCGGACUCUCACUUCCCUCCCCGGUGCGUCAUGGCCUCCCCCCGGCUGGAGACGUUCUGCUGCCCGAACAGAGACGCGGCGACCGAGUUCGUGGUCUCCUUCCAGCCGGAGCUGUUCGGGGCCCUGGGCCUGGGCAGCGCGGCGCUCAGCCUCCUGUUCGCUGUUUUACAAAUUGUGCCAAAGCGCAAAGGAUACAGAAGACUCGGACUGUACCCGCUGCCGAGGCCCGCGUCCUCCUCGCGGAUCCUCUUCAUCAUCAGUGGCUGUGACAUUCUGGGAUGCGCAGGUAUCAUCGUCAGGUCCUCCGUGUGGCUCGGCCUGCCGGACGUCGUUGACCGCGUCUCGUCGGCCAACGGCACCGACGUGUGGCCCGAGGUGUUCUGCGUCGGCAGCGCGAUGUGGAUCCAGUUGUUUUUCAGUGCUUCUUUUUGGUGGACCUUCUGUUAUGCUGUAGACGUCUUCCUGGUUGUGAAAACCUCUGCAGGAAUCAGCACCAUUGUCCUCUACCACAUGAUCACAUGGGGUCUGGCUGUGCUGUUGUGUGUGGAAGGAGUGGCCAUGCUCUACUACCCAUCCAUCUCUGACUGUGAGCAAGGCCUCCAGCACGCCAUCCCACACUACGUCACCACCUACGCCCCAAUGCUGCUGGUCCUGGUCGCCAACCCGGUGUUCUUCAAUCGGACCAUAUCUGCACUGACAUCGUUGCUCAAAGGACGACAAGGGAUCUACACGGAAAAUGAGAGGCGGCUGGCCAAUGAGAUUAAAAUACGCUUCUUUAAAAUAAUGCUGGUGUUCUGCGUUUGCUGGGUUCCCAACAUCAUCAACGAGAGCCUCCUCUUCUACCUGGAGAUGCAGACAGACAUCAAGGACAACGGGUUCAGGAACAUCAGAAACGCAGUCCUCAUCACAUGGUUCAUCAUGGGAAUCCUGAACCCCAUGCAAGCGUUCCUCAACACGCUGGCCUUUCACGGCUGGACCGGCUUCGACGUCGACUUCCGGUUGCACCGGAGGAGAGAGCCGGCCUGGGAUUCCGUUUCCACUUCGGUGGCAAACGCGGCGGGUAAUAAUCCCUUGGUGGGAACCACGCUGCUCUACCAGAGUCACGUCCAGGAGGCCCAAAAGAGCAUGAGCAACGGCCAGCACCACUCGGACGCCGUCAGCGUCCUCUCAGAAGGUUCAGUCUAGUAGCCUACAGUUGAAAUCCACAUUUCCAGCGAUCUCUGAGACUGAGGAUGGAGAAUCCCUGGAGAACUGAGGCAUUAGCUGAGGGCCGUCGACAACCCGCCUCCCUCUACCCUCCUGUGUUAGUAUUCGUCUUUUGUACUUUAGAUUGUGUUCUUUUAGCUGCCAGUCUCACACUGAGAUUUCCCCCAGAUGUCAACAGGUCAUGAGAUUUCAUUAGCUGGCACAAAAAAGACUUAUUCCUUUCUGGGACGUUUUAUUCUGUCUGCAGUCGUGUGACAUAACAGACCGGCCAGCUGACCAGCAGCUGGACGGUCCCAACGCUACGUCACUAACUCGAGCUUUAAUAACGCCUUAUGCGUUUGUCGGGAAUGUAUCCCGACAAUUAAAUGUGCGCUGGUUUUGUGACGUGCCCUCAUCAUUCAGCUUUCACAGCCCAACAGAAUGUAAUAAGCUUAUUACUUAUGUUUUUAAAAAAAAAAUUUUUUAACAAAGUUCCUGUUUAUUUUUGCACACAUUUAUUUUAUACUGGAUUACAUUUCAAUGGUAUGUGUUGCGUUGGUGAAACUUUCAUGUUUUUAAGUCGUUGCAGAUAAAUAAAAAUAUCGCUGUGCACAGAA